UGUAGUAGAAUGACCACACACUGGAUUUAUUCCAGGAUGAAGAAGGACAGAAGAGAGCAGUGUGGGAGAACAACAGGAAAAUGAUCGAGCUGCAUAAUGAGGACUACACUAAGGGGAAGCAUGGCUUCCACUUGGAGAUGAACGCCUUUGGUGACUUGACCAAUACAGAAUUCAGGCAAUUAAUGACUGGCUUUCAAAGCAUGGGAACCACAGAGAUGAACGUAUUCCAGGAGCCUCGGCUGGGUGAUGUCCCCAAGUCUGUGGAUUGGAGAAAGCAUGGCUAUGUGACUCCUGUGAAAGACCAGGGUAGUUGUGGUGCUUGUUGGGCAUUUAGCGCUGUUGGUUCCUUAGUGGGACAAAUGUUCUGGAAAACAGGGAAACUGGUCCCUCUGAGUGAACAGAACCUAGUGGACUGCUCCUGGUCACAUGGCAACAUUGGCUGUCAUGGUGGCUUGAUGCAAAAUGCUUUCCAGUAUGUGAUGGACAAUGGAGGUUUGGACACCAGUGAGUCUUAUCCUUAUGAAUCACGGAAUACAACCUGCCGGUACAAUCCUGAAAAUUCUGCUGCUAAUGUCACGGGCUUUGUGAAAAUCCCAGCAAAUGAAUAUUCCCUGAUGAAGGCUGUGGCCAUCGUGGGGCCCAUCUCAGCCGCAAUUGAUACUAAGCACCAUUCUUUCCAGUUCUACAGGGGUGGCAUGUAUUAUGAGCCAGAAUGUAGCAGCAGUAAUCUGGAUCACGCCGUCCUGGUGGUUGGCUAUGGUGAGGAGUCAGAUGGCAGGAAAUACUGGCUGGUCAAGAACAGCUGGGGUACAUAUUGGGGCAUGAAUGGCUACAUAAAGAUGGCCAGAGACCGGAACAACAACUGUGGAAUUGCUACAUAUGCCAUGUACCCUACUGUGUGAGCUUCUAGACAGCAACAAGGAAGAAGUGGGAACAGCAUGUACAGAGCAGAUCUUCCCCCUUCACAGACCAGUCUCUGCUGUGGGGGUAAUGACAGCUGAG